AUGAAAUUUAUUGUCUUUUUGCUUUUUGUUGCUUUAGUAGCUGUUAAUGCAAAUAAUGAUCUUCCAAAAUGCGUUUAAGAUCUUAAGAACCAAAUUGAGUAAGGUAAAGUCUGCAAAGCAGGUGAUACUGAUUGUAUUGCAUCUUUAAAAUCUUUCACAGAUUGUGUUGGAUCUUGUGCAGAAAAAAUAAAAACCUAAUAAGAGGGUAUUUAAUGUCUUUAAUCUGAAUGCUAAACUUCAAAUCCUUCAGUUUAAAGCUUUAAAAAUGAUAUGAUAAAAUGUGCAAACUAUAGCUUGAUUACUGUAUUUAGUGUGUUGUUUGCCUUAAUUUACAUAAUGGUCUGA